UCGUUUGUCAGUGUGUCAGAGGUUAUAUUGAACUUCCGGCGUGUGUUCGCAAAAUUUGAAGUGUUGUGGUCGUCGUUUGCAGAUUUUUUCGCUGUUGUUCAUAGGGGUGUCCAUGGUGUUUGUCCGGAAUUAACUUUAAAAGCAAAGAUCACCAUGUUUCAGACAAGAUCAGAGUAUGACAGGGGGGUGAACACAUUUUCCCCAGAGGGCAGGCUUUUCCAAGUUGAAUAUGCUAUUGAAGCUAUCAAGCUGGGCUCAACAGCCCUGGGCAUACAGACCUCCGAGGGCUGCGUCUUGGCUGUAGAGAAGCGUGUGACUUCCCCGUUGAUGGAGAGCACCAGCAUUGAGAAGAUUGUGGAGAUUGACAGCCACAUCGGAUGUGCCAUGAGCGGACUGAUCGCUGACUCGAGGACCAUGAUCGAUAGGGCUCGGGUUGAAGCACAGAGUCACUGGUUUACCUAUAAUGAGAAGAUGUCCAUUGAGGCUGUGACGCAAGCUGUGUGCAACCUGGCUAUGCAGUUCGGUGAUGAUGACGCAGACAGCGGUGCGAUGAGCCGGCCAUUUGGUGUUGCCCUGCUGUUUGCAGGCAUGGACGAGGAGGGACCAAGAUUAUUCCACAUGGAUCCGUCUGGCACGUACAUCCAGUAUGAAGCUAAGGCUAUAGGCUCCGGCUCAGAAGGGGCACAGUCACAGCUGCAGGAAACAUACCACAAGUCUAUGACUCUAAAGGAGGCAUGUAAAGAGGCCCUUGUCAUACUCAAACAGGUCAUGGAAGAGAAACUUAGCUCAACCAAUGUAGAGUUGGCUACAGUAACACGAGAGAAGAACUUUGUGAUGUUCACGAAGGAAGAAAUUGAGGCAAUUAUAGCAGAAAUGUAGAUAAUGUGAGACCAGGUUUUUGUAAACGUGUACAAGUUUUUCUCGAUUGUAAUAUUAGUUAUCACACAAGUGCAAGUGGAACAUGGAAUAAUGUCUUGUGCAUGUGUCGUAUACAGGACACAGAUGCACUACAUUAUUCUGUGUUCUAAGAACACAAGCAUGAUAACGAAUUGAUCUUCAAGCAAACUUGACGCAUAGUAAAAAAUGUUAUCUGGGCGUUAUGCGCGUAAACUCGCCACCUUUGAAUUUCAAGGAAAUUUUGCGGUUGUGCAUUUUGCUUUUAGCGUAAAGCGUUGAGUUAGAACAGCACAUUACGCGGGGUUUGAUAUGAACCGUGCAGUAUGGUUACAUAUCAUACUGCUUGUUGCCACGGAUCGACCAAUCAGAAUUGAGAAUUCAAGUUUGCCUGAAGAUAAUAUGUCAUAUCACAGACUAUCCUAAAAGUGUCUUUACAAUGUCCGGCAUCUAGAAUUCCUUGAGAUCUAGAACUCUUGAGAACUUUUACUGUUAACACUAUUAAAAAAAACACAUGACUGGCCCAAGACUAAGGGGUAUCCUCCAUGACAGAAAUCAACCCUGAUGUAGUUUUAUUUCGUUGCUGUAUAAAACUUCUUUCCUCUGUCUGUAAGUUUGCAAGUGAACCGUUUGAGAUUGUCUGUGGGUUACCAUCUAACUCAGAAAAGAGACUGUAAUCAGUAAACAUUAAAGUGAGUAACCAGACUGCUCAGAUAUUGACAGAAUUUUUUAGAAAUUAUUGGCUGUUGGAAAACCAGCACAAAAUGAAGUUCAUUAUGAAGGCUUUUAACAAAUCAGAGUUUGACAUGAAUUUUCUGGGAAAUUGACGUCAGAUUCUUUGUUAACAGUGGUCCAUUUUGAAUACAACGUGCAAACUCUAGUCCUCUGGUUAUUGCUAUUUUUCACAUCUUUGAAGGUCAAGAUGUUCCGUUUCUGGUUAUAAUGAUUGGAGGCGUUAGUUUCAACUGUGCAUUUUUGCACAAACUUAAUGGGACUACCAAAUUCUUACGAGUAACACUUUGGGUAGGCCCAGUUUUAUUUGGAUUGAGAGUCAACUUUUGGGGUUGCUUGCAGACAGCAAAGUGAAAUUGGCCUAAGUGCAUGGGGUCUGCUAGAGAGGCACAGAGAAUCAACAGGUGAAAAAGAAAGGGUAUCAAUCCGACCCUAACAACCUUUGUUGACAAGGGGGAAAGGGUAGCAAACUUAGUGUAGUUUUCCCAAAGAGAAAAAUUCACAACUGUCACUUCAUUUAUGAGUCAUAAAUGCAUUGCACGUGACCUGUAUGAACAUGUAUUCUUUUGCAGUUCCAAAUUCUUAAGAAUCAGGCUAUUAUUAAAACUGAUUGUCACUUUUGACAAAUCCAAUACUUAAGAUUUUUAUUUCUAA